UUAUUUUGAAUUUUAGAGUAAAGAAUAUGGCGCCACUGCUAUACAAGAGCAACUCCAGCCCUCCAUCAAAUGCGGUGCGGAUGCUGGCUGAUAUCAUCGGGCUGGAACUGGACCUGAAAGACGUCAGCUUACCUCACAUGGAACAUAAGUCGCCGGAACAUCUGAAGCGCAAUCCUAUGGGAACUAUCCCGACAUUGAUAGACGGCGACUUUAUCAUCUCUGAAAGCCAUGCAACCAUGAAGUACCUGCUAUCAGUGUACAGUGGAGGUGAACUACGCGAGUCUCUGUACCCGAGCGACGUGCGCACGCGCGCCCUUGUCGACCAGUGCAUGUUCUUCAAUGCUGGCGUGUUCUUCCUCAAACUGUUGGGCUGUGUUUUACCAGCUGUAUUCGGAGACUUAGACGGUCCUACAGAGCAGCAUAAAGCGGAAAUUGAUGCGGCAUACAGCGUGCUGGAGGCGUAUUUGAAAGAUCACAAGUAUAUUGCAGCUGAUCACUUAACUAUAGCCGACCUGAGCGUUGGCGCUACUGCCAUAUCCAUCCAGGUUGCUCAUAAACUGGAUGGUUCGAAGUUUCCCCUGACGUCUGCGUGGAUGUCCAGGUUAGAAGAGCACCCAUCAUUCAAGAAGAUCUUACUACCAGGUGUGAAAGUUUUAGAUGAAUUCGCCAAUGCAGCCUGGCAGAAAAAUAGAAAAUAAUUUAUUGUAUGAAUAUAAUGUAUUUUUAAUUAAUUAAUUAAUUGUAUUUUUGUAUUAAAUUCCUUACCUAAGUAAUUAAUUAAAUAAAAUUAUUA